GCGAUACCAAUGUUAAAACUUAAAAUUUGAUACGUCAAAAAUCCGCACCGUCGAUACUGGCCGCCUAUGUCAUUAUGCGUUGCGGAGGCCAAUAUCAUUUAAAACGGAAACAAAAAUAUUUCGCGUAUAACGAGUUGAGCAGGCAGUGCAAAUUAGGUAUAGGGGUCGACUGACGUUGUGAUGGCAAAAAUUUUGCGAAAGAUAUCACACUGACAUUAGCAUAAUGGACCAGCAAUUUUGUCUUCGCUGGAACAAUCACCCUACCAAUUUAACAGAUGUGUUGGCUAGUCUGUUGCAACGAGAAGCCCUCUGUGAUGUUACUUUAGCUUGUGAUGGAGAAACGGUCAAAGCACACCAAACUAUUUUGUCAGCAUGCAGUCCAUACUUCGAGAGUAUAUUUUUGCAAAACUCCCAUCCACACCCUAUCAUAUUUUUGAAAGAUGUUAGAUUUGAUGAGAUGCGAUCUCUAUUGGAUUUCAUGUAUAAAGGGGAGGUCAAUGUUGGCCAGUCGAGAUUACCUAUGUUUCUAAAGACAGCUGAAAGUCUUCAGGUUCGUGGAUUAACUGAAAGCGGUCAUAUUUCAAAUCGCUCAGAAGAUCACAAGCCUGAUAACUUAACGAUGUCUGGUCGUGAUAGAGAACUCCAAGAACAACGUGAUACUAUAACUUCACACACCAGUUCAAUUCAGUCUGGCCCAACUGAUUUGAAGCGUAGAAAAAAAAAUACGAACUGUGAUAUAUCUUUGACAAAUUCUUCUCUGUCAGAGAGGCAAUUUGCCGAAUCUCAAGCAUCUUCCUCACAUAGCAGCUAUAAGUCGAGUUCUCUGCCUAAAUUGAACUCAAUCUUGCACCAUGAUUCAUCAAAUGACGACGUUCAAUCUCAGAGCGGAGUUGUGGGCGGCCGAGGCCUCAUGCAGUCCCCAUCGGCUGGUCAUUCGGGUCAUUCGUCCGCGCGAUCCAACACGCCUGGUGUCAUGUCUGCGGUCAAUAUCAAGCAAGAGAUCUCGGACUCGCAUGGUUCCAAUGCCGUACAUGAUCAGAAACCCUACUCUAUCGCGUCCGAUUUUACGACAAAAUCGGAUUGGGGCGAUUCUGUCAGCAGGAAACGUCGCACAUCUGUCACCUGUGAAUGGAACGAAAAUGUUUGUAAUAUCAAUCUCGGUGAAUGGCAAAACACUUGCAAUGUUAUGAAUCAGCAGUCUGAUUGGAAUAGACCUCCUCCAACUACUAAUGACUCCACCGAUUGGUUGAAGGCUUCUGGUUCUAGUACGAACUUGACUCAAAAACAGGAAUGGCCCAAUCAACCACGGACUUCGUCUUUACAGCAGUACCUUCUUUCAUCGAAAAUGACUAUAGUGCCAUCAGGACCGAUAAUUACAGAUCAAAGAAGACUUCGUUUCAUUGCGCCGUACCCAUCCGAAGACCAUUCCAGAUUGGAAAGUGUGAUCCAUACUUCAAAUCCGGUAAGUGUUGCAACAACGUCUUCCACAGUUGCCACAAGUAAAGCUUCAUUGCCAAGUACCCAGAACCGGAAAGGUGGCAGAUUUCGACAAAAUUGGUUGGAACAAUUUUCUUGGCUUAAAUAUGAUGAGAAACAGAAUAUUAUGUUUUGUAUAUACUGCAGGAAGUGGUCGCAUGAAAUUCAAGAUAUUCGCACUUCUUUUGUCGAAGGAAACGGCAAUUUUAGGUUAGAAAUUGUCAAUCAUCACGACAAGUGCAAAGUGCAUAAGCUGUGUAAAGAGAAGGAGGUCGACAGUCAUGCAUGUAAGAGUGAAAAUGCCCCUGCGACGGAAAAAGAAAAUAUAGCUAAUCCAGUUAAUCCAUCGACCACAAGUGGUAACAUUAUCAACUAAAGUAAUUGUGGUAUAAGUUUUUUAUGGACGUUAUAAACUAUAUUGAAAAAUAAAUUACUUCUACCUCUGUUGUUAUCAAAAGUU